AUGACUGGCGUUGCUGCUGGUUCUUUGGGGAGAAAUGAUGUAUAAGUUGGGUUUAAAGAGGCGCUUGACAGCGGAAUCUGGUGGUGGAAGUCUGGAAUGUGCGAUAUCGUGUGAAAUACUGUGAUAGCGAGGUCGUUCAAUUUAAGGGCGAUGAUUCCUCGAGUUCUGGAUAGAUGGCUGUGCUGUGGCUUUUGGAUGCAAACGUUCGUCUGAAGUAUGUGAGAUAGUUAUAGUUAUUGGAAUUCUGAGGCAAAUUGACAAAGAAGCGGAUGGAUGGGGAGGCUAGUUAAGUCAUGUGAUCUAUGCUCUCCAUCCGAACUCCGAACCCAACCUUACUUAACUCCGUACUGUAUACGGAGUACAGAGUAUCUCAGACCAUGUUCCUCAAGGCAACACCAUUCGUCCAUGGCAAACUUCCACCUGGGGUGUACGGACCAUGAAUGCGAGACGAAGAAUAUGUUUGUCUGGUUGGUCUAUAGCUAAUGAUCUACCAAAGAUCCCCUUCCCAGGGGGAUGAUAAACAUGGUACAAAAUCAAGACGGGUGUUGUCUGUGGGCUGAUUGUUUUGGUUCCACUACUGCAACAGGUGGAACAUCUGUCCCACAGGCUUCUCUUCUUUCUCUCGUGUCCUGAAUGGCUGUACCACUUUCUUGCAGCUUUCAAAAACUGAAGUUGAUGUUCACCAGUGCCCGACCGCGUAAGCCGUUUUCAGAAGUAUGGUGCAUUUGACUGCGUUGCUGUUAGGCUGUCAGAUGGCAGCAUAAUUACUCCGUACACAGAGAAGAAGUGAACGGUCCCCUCUUCAUUCAACCUCAUCAGUAUCUGUCAUGCAUGGGAGGGUUUCGAUGUAAGGGCCUGAAGUGCAAAUCAGUCACGGAGUUCUUGUUGUGAGCAUCAAAUUUCGCAUCAUGUAUAUUUAUCCUUUUGUGAGGAUAGGGAACAAAAAGGAGAAUGAGAGCAGGAGCUUAUUCACGCCGACAAAAAACUACAAGCCAAAAUCAACCUUUAGCUGGACUUUGCCCAAUCGACUACCAACAGACCUUUUUUCAACAGUCCAACAAGUGCUCAGCGAGGUCCAGGAGGCCAGGCGACUCAAACAACAAGUCGACUCGCUCCUCCACCCAAAUGAGCGACAAUGGAUAGACACCACUAUCGCCGAAACCGACACCACAGCCAACGAGAUAGCAGUCCUCCUUGAACCGCGGCGAGUCGCGCGCGAAAUUGGGCAGGGCGGCAAGAUAGGACUCAGAAACCGGCUAAGGUGGGCCUUGAGAGAUUCGCAUAGAGCGAAAGAGAAAACUUCUCAGUUGGUGCUUUCUCGCAAUAGCCUCAUGGUAGUGCUCGGAAAUCUUCAUAUGCGUGGCUCUACUUUUUCGCCAGCUUCCAAACCUUCCACCCCCAAACCUCCGUCUAUCACUACGAUUACGUCGCCCGCCGAACUGGACUCGCUAUCAAUUUUCGCUGCCAGUAGGAAAGAGGGAUGUGAGGUCAAGGUCAAGAGGGGUUCAUCACUCAGCGAUGAGCUGAAUGAGAUAUUGGCGUGGAGACGGACUAAGGGCGCAUGGUCAAUUUCUAACCAUGAGCUCACAGGUUUUACUGCGGUGGAUUCUACUUCUUCUCCCUCUUAUUUUUCGACGCAUUCUACGACGAAUUCCCGCUUCCCACUGGCCCUGACCGAAACGAGGAUAGGAAAGGCAACAAUGCAAAUAAAACGGAAACCGGUACCAGCAGGCCCAAUUCCUACGAUCGAGGAAUAUGGAAGCCGAAGUGUAUGAAAAAUAGCUCUAGGUCGAAACAGACAACCGCUUGUAUUGUUUAAUCGCUCUUUUUUGUGUUACUUUUUUAUUUAUUUUUCUUUCUUAUCUAUUAAUUUAUUACACCAGAGGCUUGUACUGUGGGUGUUAAAACCAUUCUAUAUGUCAGAUCUUUCACCAUCGUUCUGUUGUUAAGAAUAUUUCUAGCAGGUGGCUUUCCAAACCGGCCUUUUCAAGUGUGCGAAUUUCCCGUUGUACUGUAUUUAAUAAUAAUUUUUAUAUUCUCCCCAAUCGCAAUUCAACGCAAUAUUUACAAUAAUAUAUCUGACCUGGCUUAGGAGAAUCAAGAAAGACAAACACAUCUCCC